GAAAGAGAGAGAGAGAGAGAGAAAGUUAGAGAGAGAAAAAAAAGAUCAGAUUUGGAACCUUCAAAGCAGCAAACAAGAUUACAACAGAACAAGCACAAGCCCAUUCCCAUCUCACUUUUCUCUAUCCUCUUUUCCUCUCUCUCUCUCUCUCUCUCUCUCUCUCUCUCCACAAGUGUCAAUGCUCUGCAAAUGACGCGUAUCCAUGGCGGCGACUACUACUGCUACUCAGCCCUUUCUUUCUCUCAUCUUUCUUAACCCACCAUCUCCGUUACACUCUCACUCGAACCUACUAGACCAACCCAUGUUGUCUCUCUUCCUCUUCCUCACUCUAUCUCUCUUGAUUCUCAUCUUCUCUCUCCACAAAAAGCUCAAGAAAACAGAGCAACCACCAAGCUCCAACUCAAUCCCCCAAUGUCCUCUUUCAAAUUUUGUAAAUAAAACCUCACAACCCAAUGAAUCGAACCUAACCCAUCUCACCCAUUCGCUUCUUCUCGAGAUCUUACCCCCGAAAUGGGAUAGUGGCGACCCGGUUCGAGAUGGGUCGGGUUUGGAUGGGGAAAGGGUCGAUUCGGGUGGGGAGGAUUGUGUGAAGAAGAAGAAGAAGAAGAAGAGAGGGAAGAAGAAGAGAUCCAAUGGGUGAAGCACUUACAGCAGAACUGGUCAGGGUGGAGGAGAGAGGAGUGGGGGUUUGGGGGUUAAAGAGAAGCAAGAAUUGGUGUGUUUGUAUCCAUUUACGUCGUCGUCGAGUGCGACGCAGAGGAAGAUCAAGCAACAGUAUGAUCAGCUUGUUAGGUCCAAUGAAUCCAAUGGCUUGACUCUAGAUCAGGUCGGACAAUUUGUUAAUUGCUUGAUUGAAGCAAAAAAUGAACUACAGCACAAGUCUGAUGUUAUCCAGCGAAAGUUCACAAUAACAAAGGCUCUAUUAUUCAAGGCAGACAGGUCUUCGUUUGACCGCUUCCGUCAACAGAUAUACAAGCUAGAAUUAGAACAAAAGAGAUUAGAAGAGGAUGCAUUUGUAUAUAACUGGCUCCAGCAACAGCUUAAGCUCUCACCAGCGUAUAAGAAGAUGCUUGAAAUUGGUGCAUGCAUGGAAAUGAAAGCCAAAUCCCAUGAAAUGACAGAAAGCACAGAUGCUGAGUUUACUGAUAUUUCAUUUGAAGAACUAUUAGCACAAGAAAAGAAGGAUUCAUUCUGGCAGAAAAACGGGAAACCUAGGUCGUGCACAGGUUGAUGACGGUCUGUCUUGCUAACCUUACUCGUGGGUUUUCACUAAUGACAAACUUUCAUCCAAUGCCCCGAAUCAUGCACCGUUGCAGGAAUUUUUUAUGGCUGCUUGUGCUUCUGUGGGUUGCUUUUUGAACGGAAAUGUGGCACACAACUUUUUGUUUUCGUUUUUUAGGUUUUCCCAGCGGAAACUAAUACAUUUCCGCAUGUGGUGUAACUUGAAUUUGGAUACAAUGUUUUGUUAUAUUUUGGCCUUCCUAACAACUUGUUACUUUUUUCCCAUUUACAUCUAGUUUUAUCAGCAGAGGCUGCAAUAAGCUCCAGAAGCAAAUGAAGUGAAGACCUUAGUGUAAUUUGACACCUAAGAAAUAAAAAGUAUAAGUAAUUUGACUGAGUCAAAA